AUGGGACAUAACUGCUGCACCAAACAGAAAGUCAAGAAAGGGCUGUGGUCUCCCGACGAGGACGAGAAGCUCUUCAACUUCAUCACCUCCCACGGCCACCCUUCUUGGAGCUCCGUUCCCAAGCUCGCAGGGUUGCAAAGAUGCGGGAAGAGCUGCAGGCUACGGUGGAUAAACUACCUGCGGCCCGAUCUGAAGAGGGGAGGCUUCACCGCCCAAGAAGAAAGGAGGAUCAUCGAGGUGCACAGGAUGCUCGGGAACAGAUGGGCUCAGAUAUCCAAGCAUCUGCCUGGCAGAACCGACAACGAGAUCAAGAACUUCUGGAACUCCUACAUCAAGAAGAAGCUCAUUGCCCAGGGCCUUGAUCCCAACACCCACAACCUCCUCCCUACACCCACCUCUCCCGCCAAAACACCCCACCAAUCGUCAUCAAAUUCUUCUUCCUCGUCUUCUUCCACGUCGACACUGGUAUUUGGCGAUCAAACGACACCGUCUAGAGCGCCCGUCUUCCUUCCUAUAUUCCAGCUCAGCGAUAUUCCUACCACCACCACCACUACUAAUCUAUAUACUACUACUACUAAUAAUCAUCAUCAUCAUCAGCAUAUUAGCUUCCAUGUUCCACCAGCUACUGAGAUGGAUGUUAACAAUGGCUUUUGGGGCUACGGAGCACCGGGCUUGGAGUCCAAAAGCGACGUCGUUCGGAUUGAACCGUCAGUGGACGGUGUCGAUCUACUGCGACGACGUCUUUAUGAGGAGGAAGAGGAGUAUAAGAUAAUGGAGGGUUCGUUUGAAGGAUUGGAUUUCGAUUUCGGGGAAGCUGCUGCUACCAAUUCAAGCUUCUUCGGUGCUGUGACGACGAAUGGUACUGCUGCUGCUAAUUACGGUGGUAAUUAUGCCAUGUGGCAUGACGUAUUAUAG